AUGAUGUACAUUCCAGCCCACAUUUCACCUACUUUGUGCCUUGGAAGGACAUUUGACAGUGAAACACUGAGCGCACGCGCAGACAUAUCAUCAAGCAAUGAUAAACCACCUAAAUCGAUGAAUAUCAACAAAUUCUCCUUUAAGUACCAAGUGGUAAAAAGCAGGCAAGAUGUCAACAACUUACUGGAAAUACCUGCUGAGCUAUCCUUACAAAUCAAAGCCAAACUGGUGAAUGUGAAAGGGGCAUGGCAAUAUCUUAAAGAGAACAAAGUCCAAGAAGGAAGGACCAACCUUCUAGCUGUCAUGAAAUGUACCACGCUUGUUGAGACAAUCGAAGACCCAUUGAAAGUUAGAGAUGACGUUAGCAGCGGUGAAUUUCUUCAUUCACUUGGUACACACUACGUAAGGAGUGUUACGUAUGGAUUCGAAAUGGUUGCCAGCCUGACAUUCAAGUCAUCAUCAGAGUCAUCAAGGAACCAAAUAAAAGGAAGAGCUGAAGGAAAACUAGAUGUCUGCGGAGGUGCUGAUGUAGGACUUAAGGCUGCGUUACACAAACUUUCAACACAAUGCAGCAAUAUAUCCGACAUCUCCAUCACAUAUUACGCCACCGACCUACCAGACCAACUGCCAACUACAAUGGAAGGACUUGUGUCACUGAUUGAGGAUUUCCCUUCCCGACUGAAGGAUAUUAAUGACGGUAAAGGAAUUCCUAUGCAGUUUGAGCUUCAGCCUGUGAAUAGCGUUAUUCCAAGGGCGAAAGUGUUCAUACAACAGCAGGUUUUGACCAGCGAUAUAGAGGAUCUGGAAAGCCGUUUUGAUGAUCUUCAAAACACCCAAGCUCUAGUUGAGGCAUACCUCGCAGACAAAGAAGAUGAGGACGUUGAAGAAUUUUGCAGCGAGGUUAUGGAGCUACAAGAAAAGGUUAAAGAAGCAAUUAAGGCAAUCAACAGCGUGAAUGGGCCAAACAAAAUCAAAGAAUGUAGGGAGGCAUACAAGAAGGUUCGUGGAGGACUCGAUUUAAAGGGGAAAUUUAACCGUGAAUGGAAAAAGAUACUAAAAAAAAAGGAACCAGUUGCCACAAUCAAGCUGCCAUCAGGAGAUCCUCUGACGAUUGUUCUGUUUGGAAAGACUGGGAGCGGAAAAAGCGCCACAGGAAAUUCAAUACUUGGAUGUAAACGUUUCAAAGCCAGCCCAAGUGGCUCGUCUAUGACGAAAGAGUGCGAUGCAAGCAAGAGAGAAGAUGAAAGAAAGCUGACCGUGAUAGACACCCCAGGAAUCAUGGAUACGGCCGCAGUCUUUAAAAUGGAAAGAAUCAAGGAAAUGAUUACUUCUCUCAGUGCGUCACAUAAGGUUAUUCUUCGAGAACUCGCUAAGGUUUUUGUCAUGUCCCCUAAAGGUCUUGAUGCUAUUAUCAUCACCCUUAACUACGGUGGCAGAUUUGGGCUUGAGGAUGCCGAAGCUUUGAAAAUACUUAGAAGUUUUUUUGGGACUGAAGCCUUAGCUUAUAUGAUUUUAAUUCUAACACAUGGCGACCAGGCUGCCCGCAAUGCAAAGGAAAAGGAUGUGAGCAUUGAAGAUGAGAAGAAAUCCUACAUCGCUACCUUGCCACCUUGGGUCUUACAGUUUGUGAAGGAAAUAGGAGAAAGAACAAUGCUGUUCGACAACACUUUGGAUCCCAGAGAAAAGCCUGAUGAUUGUAAGAAGCAGGUCUCUAAGCUACUUCAGAUUAUUGACGAGGUGAGGAAGCAAAGAGGGCCUUUCAUACACCGCAUGACCAGGGUGUCCGAAGAAGUGCUUGAAGAACAUAUAAAAAAAGCCUUGGACGAGAGUGGAAUAACGAAGCAGGAAGAGGCUAUUUGUCAAAAAGAGGAAGAAAUCAAAAGGCUACUUGAAGACAAAGACAAAAGUGAUGAAGAGAAACGUAAGUUGGAAGAACGCUUCGCUAGACUGAAAAAGGAAUACGCGGAGUUGGAAGCCGCAAAGAAAAGGUUGACGGAAGUUGUAGAACUCGCACAAUUUUCCGAUGGUUUGCUUGAGUCAGGACCAUUAACCGCGAUGGUGCUCGCAAGAAGUGGUAUUGGCGGUGGAUGUUAUCCUGGCUCAGCCAUUAUCUAUGAUUCAAACUCCCGAGCAAGGCCAAUAGAAUCUUUGCAAGUUGGUGACAAAGUCCUAGCCAUUACAAAGAAUGGCAUCAAGUCCGAUACAGUUAUCACCUUCAUCCACCGUCAGCCAGAAAUUGUGGAGGAAUUUUUAAAAAUUGUCACCAAAAAAAAAAAAAUCCUCCCGAUAACUGCUGACCAUCUCCUGUUUGUGGAAUUAAUGGGCCAAGCAACAGCCAUCCCUGCCAGAGAUGUUAAGAUCGGAGACACAGUGUACGUGAGGGGAAGCCAUGGUUCAGAGAAGGAUUUAGUUCAGAGCAUCAGCACUGUCUACGAGAAAGGUGCAUACGCCCCAGUAACCCUGAGCGGCACUAUUCUGGUCAACGAUGUUCACACCUCUUGUUACUUUGAUGUUCUGUCCCAUGAGUGGUCCCACAGAGCCAUGAGCAUUGCUCGCGCUCUGCAUCACGUGUCUCCAUCGAUGAUGCGUAGGAUCAGUGCUAUUGGAGAAAAAGAUGGAUUCCCAGGUUGGUGCAGACUGGCUCACACGAUGCUGACAUUGCUUGACUGAUGAACUAGGAAUUUAACUCUUGUCAUAUUUAGAGACGCCUAUGACUAUAUAUUCACUGUAAGUGUGAUAUGGAGAGUUAAACAAGUUGGGGGAGAACAAAACCGUCUUCCAUGUUUUAGAUUCUCAUAUUAAGUAGAUUAGCAGUAUUGGGUGAUGCAUACAUUUUAAAUCAAUAACAAAGUUGAACGUUACGUAAGUUUCUAAAGCUUUAAAGCGAAACUUAAACUCUCGUCCACAAAAGCAGACGAACUAAACGAAACUAAACGUUAAAAUGUAAACUUAGGGUUUCAGAUUUUGAAAGGUUACGAACGUACGAAUAAUUAGGACCUCUAAUUGAGGACUAGAUUUGAGACUUACAGUGCUAGCCAGUUUCCCAAAUAUAGGUGUUUCCUUUUUGGAAUACGAAGUAUGAAAUAGAUAGAUCGUACCAACGUUUUUCUUCAGUUGAGGACUGCUUCAUUUUAAGGCAGAUGUGCUAUAGAGGAGUUUUCGUGAUAAAUACAUGUUUUGAUGCCUGUUUCUUUCAGUGACUACACCAUAUUAAUCAUUUUUGUUAUUAUAAUCCCAGGUUGCCCGAGAUAUUUUUAGAGUCAAUAAUAA